AUGUUAAAACGUCUAUCUCAAAAAAACAAAAAAUUACAGAAUUAUGUAUGGAGUUGUUUGAGGAAAAACGUACCAAAGUCAUCGAAAAUUCAUCGUUUUAUUAAACAUACUACAAGACGGCAGAAACGUACACACAAGAUUGCUGUCAGAUUUGUACAAAAAAUGAGAAGGAAACCAAUUUUUAGACCAAGAAAAAUUAAUUCUUUAGUGAAAUAUGGUUACAAUUCAAGUAAAGAUAAACAUGGCAAGAAAUAUUUCAAAUACUUUAGAUUGUUUUGCUGCAAUUUCCCACAUAGUGAGUACAAAAAUGUUACUCAUAAAAGGAACUGUACAAGGUACAGGCUUUCAAAUGAUAUAGAGAAAAACCCUGGUCCUCUUAUGCACGGUGUUGAUCCUACUAAAACAAUACAAGCACCAUAUAGUCAAGGAGAUGUUCAUGUAUUUGGGCAAAAUGCAGGGCAGCAAUGUGUUGCAAUGAGUUUAUGUGCUUUAAUAUACCAUAAUACGAAAGGAAUCAGUAACUCUGGUGACUUAAGGUGGCUCCGUAAUUAAUACUAGAGCAUUUUGCUGUGACAAAUUUUUGGUCAUAACUUUUUCGAUUUUAACGCGAUGGCUGCGAAACUUUGCAAAGAACAACAGAUAUCAUUCGGCAAUAAUACGAAAUAUUUCGAUUUCAUUGAUGAUAAAUAUGUCUUGAGAAAUUAGCGCUUAAAAGGACCCUACUGUUCAAAGAAAAUCGCGUCUAGUAAAAAAUUUUGCUGAUAUUUUUUACUGAAAUUUCUGGUAUCGGCUUCAAUUGAUAUAAUAAAUAUGCCAGAGGAAUUUCAGAAAAAUCGUUGGAGCAGAAGUCCGUAACUAAAAGUCGCUCAAAAUUCAGCUGUGAAAUUGUUUUGGAAUUUCAAAAAUAAAUUACUAUCAGGAAGAAGGAGCCACCAGUUUGAAUUUUCGGGGCCAGUAAAUUCAACGUUUGCUAAUUCUUAAAACAAAAGCCGAUUGCCUAUCGUGCUAUUCUUUAAAAGGUACUUUUUAGUUUUAGAAGCACUAUAAAUUGCUCCAAACCUUGCUCUGAAGUAGAAUUACUUGUUCUUCGACAGUUUUAAAAUAUCCCUUGGCAGUUUUGGCUCAAACUCCUGCUGCAUACAUUUUGAUGUAUUGCAAUGCAUUUUCAACGACUUGUAGUGCUGUUCGUUGCUUCCAACACAGGAAAAAAGUAUUGAGAUUGGACGCUACCUCGUAUCAGAGCUCAGAUAGAACUGUCCAACACCUUUGUUUAUGACUACAAAAUGAGCACGAGCUGCAGUUCUGCGAGGAAUUCUCACCUCACCCAGGGGGGACGAACGACAAUGAUGACCAUGCCUGUGAACCGAAUAACAUCACAGUGCAAAAUAAAAUUAUCGCAAAAAUACUGCCCGUGAAUAAAUUUACAACUCUGAAAUUUUUGUCACUCCUUCCUUCAAUGAAUGGGUAUUUUUUUCUUGAUUAUUAUGUUUUGCUCUGCAAUACAUGUUUAUACAGAUCGGUUCACAGACAUGGGCAUCAUUGUCAUUCGUCCCCCCUGGCUGAGGUGCGAAUUCCUCGCAGAGCUGCCGCUCGUGCUCAUUUUCUGGUCAUAAACAAAGGUGCUGGACAGUUCUAUCUGAGCUUCGAUACAAGGUAGCUUACAAUCCCAAUACCUUUUUCCUGAAUUGGAAACAACGUACAGCAGGAAAAGCCGUUGAGGAUGCAUUGCAAUACAUCAAAAUGUAUGUAGCAGGAGUUUGAACCAAAACUGCCAAGGGAUAUUUUAAAAAUGUCGAGGAACAAGUCAUUCGACGUCAGAGCAAAGUUUGGAGCAAUUUAUAGUGCUUCUAAAACUGAAAAGUACCUUUUAAAGAAUAGCACGAUAGGCAAUCGGCUUCUGUUUUCAGAAUUAGCAAACACUGAAUUUACUUGUCCCGAAAAUUCAAACUGGUGUCUCCUUCUUCCUGAUAGUAAUUUAUUUUUGAAAUUCCAAAACAAUUUCACAGCUGAAUUUUGAGCGACUUUUAGUUACGGACUUCUGCUCCAACGAUUUUUCUGAAAUUCCUCUGGCAUAUUUAUUAUAUCAAUUAAAGCCGAUACUAGAAAUUUCAGUAAAAAAUAUCAGCAAAAUUUUUUACUAGACGCGAUUUUCUUUGAACAGUAGGGUCCUUUUGAGCGCUAAUUUCUCAAGAAAUAUUUACCAUCAAUGAAAUCGGAAUAUUUCGUAUUAUUGCCGAAUGAUAUCUGUUGUUCUUUACAAAGUUUCGCAGCCAUCGCGUUAAAAUCGAAAAAGUUAUGACGGAAAAUUUGUCACCGCUAAAUCCUCUUGUAUUAAUUACGGAGCCACCUUAAAACAAAUAAUGCAUAUUGGCAAUCAACUUUACAGUAGUUUAUCACAACUAGCAAGAUGCUCUUAUUUACUGCUAACUGAGUUACCAACAAUGCUCACAGUAGCAGAAGAAAAUUUCCGGCUGGAAUACAGUGCAAGCUAUAGUGGCAAUGUCCAUGGUGAGGCUAUCAUUGAAGGAUACGAAUACUGUUUAGGCCUAAAAAGAGCUUUUGAGUCAUUGAUAUCACAACAAUAG